GGAAAGAAGAGGAAGAAGGGAGGCGGAAAGAAAGGAGGAAAAGAAGAGGAACCAACUAAAGCUAAAAAAGGAGAAGCUAAAGGAAAAGACAAACAAAAAAAGAAGAAAAAAGUGGAAAGUUCAUCCGAUUCAAGUUCAAGCUCAGACGAGGAAGAGGAGUCUUUGUCAGAAGGAGAGAUGGCUUUGCUGAUGGAGGAGGUGGAGGAGAAGAAGAAACUGAUAGCUAUUAUCAGGAACAAACCAUGGAGGAUGAAGAGGAGGCUCACACAUCUGAAGGAAGCUCAAGAGUUUGUGGACAAGUUUGAAGGAGCUCUCGGCAAAGGAAAAGGCAGGAAGUGGUACGCCUACAAAAAAUGGAUUAAGUUCCAGAGAGAUUUUGACAACUUCAAAACAGCAUGUAUCCCCUGGGAGAGGAAGAUCAAAGAUGUGGAAAGUCACUUCGGCUCAUCUGUAGCUUCUUACUUCAUCUUUCUGCGCUGGAUGUACGGCAUGAACCUGGUUCUGUUUGGCUUCACUUUUGGACUGGUGGUCAUUCCUGAGGUUCUAAUGGGGCUCCCCUAUGGAUCCAUUCCCAGGAAGACGGUGCCAAGAGCAGAGCAGGCGACCGCUCAGGACUACUCAGUCCUCUUGGACUUUAAUGGAUAUUGCAAGUAUUCCGUUCUGUUUUACGGAUAUUACAACAGCCAGAGGACCAUCGGCUUGCUCAAGUUCCGGCUCCCUCUGGCGUACCUCAUGGUUGGGGUCGGAACGUUUGGCUACAGCCUGAUGGUCGUAAUCCGCACGAUGGCCAAGAAUGCAGACCUUGGCGGUGGAGACGGCGAAGAUGGAGAGUUCACCUUUGGCUGGAAGAUGUUCACCAGCUGGGAUUAUCUCAUUGGAAACUCUGAGACUGCGGACAACAAGUAUGCCUCCAUCACCACCAGCUUCAAGGAGUCCAUUGUGGAUGAGCAGGAGAACCAGAAGGAUGAGAACAUUCAUCUGCGGAGGUUCCUUAGGGUGCUGGCUAAUGUUCUCAUCACCUGCAGUCUGGGAGGUAGUGGAUACCUCAUCUACUUUGUGGUGAAGCGCUCUCAGGAGUUUGCCAACAGAACUGAUCUCAGCUGGUAUGAGAAAAAUGAGUUGGAGAUCAUCAUGUCUCUGCUGGGUCUUCUCUGUCCUCCACUCUUUGAGACUAUUGCGGAGUUGGAGGACUACCAUCCUCGGAUCGCUCUCAAGUGGCAGCUGGGACGCAUCUUCGCUCUCUUGCUAGGGAACCUCUACACGUUUCUUUUUGCCCUCUUUGACGAGGUCAACAACAAGCUGAAUGAUGAACAGUCAAUCAAGAACGCCUCCAUCUUGGCCAUGCAAGAACACUACGCUAACUUCUCUCGACUUGUCAAUGACACAGAGGCAACCCCACCCCCCAUGAACCCUGCCGAUGUCAUUAGAGGACCUUGCUGGGAGACGGCUGUUGGCAUAGAGUUUGUAAAGCUGACAGUGUCAGACAUUCAGGUCACCUAUCUGACCAUCUUGAUAGGGGACUUUGCCCGAGCUGUCAUUGUGCGUUUUCUUAACUAUUGCUGGUGCUGGGACCUGGAGGCUGGAUUUCCCUCAUAUGGAGAGUUUGACAUCAGUGGCAAUGUUCUGGGACUGGUCUUCAAUCAAGGAAUGAUCUGGAUGGGAGCGUUUUAUGCUCCCGGUCUGGUCGGGAUCAACGUGCUGCGCCUGCUCACCUCCAUGUACUAUCAGUGUUGGGCUGUGAUGGCCACCAACGUCCCCCAUGAGAGGGUCUUUAAGGCCUCCAAGUCCAACAACUUCUACAUGGGUCUGCUCCUCCUCAUCCUCUUCCUCAGUUUGUUGCCUGUGGUCUACACCAUCAUGACUCUGUCACCCUCGUUUGAUUGCGGACCCUUCAGCGGUAAGGCGAAGAUGUUUGAUGUCAUCAUUGAAACCAUCAAACUGGACCUGCCAUCCUUCAUUGGGACAUUGUUCAGCUAUGUCGCCAACCCAGGCCUCAUCAUACCGGCUGUUUUGCUCAUGGUACUGGCCAUCUACUAUUUGAACUCGGUUUCAGAGGCCUACAAAAACUCCAACUUGGAUCUGAAGAAGAAGAUGCAGAUGGCUCGCGAUGAAGAGAAGAACCGAAGGAACAACACAGACAGCACCAACCAGGUCAUGAAAGAUUUGGAGGAUCUGCUACCAAACGGUUCUCUGGCACCUCCUCCUCCACCACCAGAGCCUGAAAAGUCUUCCAAUGCAAAGCCGACCAAAACAAAACCAGGUACAGCUGGAAAAGGCGUUCACCUGCAGAAAGAUGUGACCCUUGCGUCAUCUAAACCUGCUCCCCAUGAGCCAAUAACCCGAGCCCCACGAGGACGGCAACCGAUAUCCGGUCCUGGUCGAGGCCGCGGGAGAGGAGCCCCUCCUAGAAUAUGACACAGUAACUAUCACCAUAGGCUCAACAACCAUAUUUGUUGUUACGACUGCAUAUAUUGUUGUCCUUAUCCAAAUUAAAAAUUUAGAUAAGGAUUUUUAAAAUAAAUCAGGAUGACCAUUUCUAAUAACCAUAUUAGAUAGGAUUGUUUCAAGUUAACAAAAUCUAGAGAAAAAUAUUCUUUACUAGUCACAGUGUAACUGUAAAUAAUAAAUGACUGAAAUCUAUGAAUAGUUACGUCUAUCUCUGUCUUGAAAAUGUUCAGCCCUAACUAUGAAUCAC